CCCGCCCUCCGGUGGGCGGGGCCCGAGUCACAUGACCCGCGCGCAGCUCCCCGGGGCGACCAAUUCCAAUAUGGUGGCCAGCUCGGCGGGUCUACGGUUCCUGUUGAUGAUAGUGUCGCUCUGCGGGAUCGGGUUCGGCGCCUGCGGCCGGGAAGCCCCGCCGGUUCUGGGGCUGCGACUGGAGAACCCGGCGGGUCCGGUGCACAUGAGCGACCGGGUCCUCUCGGCGCCGGAGGGAGCCACGUUCAAGCUCCGUCUCUUCGGCACGGAGCUCAACGGGAGCUGGCCGUGGGUGGCGUUCGCCGCGGGCGCGAGCGCCGGGGCGGUCGGGGAUGCGCCCGACCCGUGCGCGCUGGAGCCCAACCGCCGCGGCUCCUGGUUCCAGGUGACGGGCCCCUUCGCCGCGGACGAGGCGUACAGCGGGCUGGCGACGGUGGAGGUCCGGCGGCAGGGCGCCUCCUCCUCCUCCUCCCGCCUCCGCUCCUCCCUCCACCACCUGUGCGUGCGGAGCGGCGGGGGGUGGGCGUCCGCCGGCCCGGACAAGCUGCGGGUCAGCGCGGACUCGGGUCUGCCGGAGGACCACAUCCCGGCCUGGGGGCUCGCGGCGCUGGUCGUGACGCUGCUUCCGGCGGUGGCGCUGCUGAGGACGGUGCAGCUGAGCCUGCUGUGGCUGGACCCCGUGGAGCUCUACGUGCUGCACAGCUGCGGCUCCGAGGAGGAGAAGCGGGCCGCCAAGCGCCUGGAGCCCAUCCGGAGGAGGGGGAACUUCCUGACGUGCUCCCUGCUCUUCCUCUGCGCCCUGGGACACGCCGUCCUCGGCGUCGUCCUCUACCGCGCGCUGGGCACCGUCGUCUCCGCCGUCUUCGCCAGCGGCUUCCUGGUCUUCCUGCUGGCCGAGCUGGCCCCCCACGUGCUAUGCUCCGGCUACGGCUUCCAGAUGGCGCCGGGGCUCACCUGGCUGGCCCAGGUGUGCCUGGUGCUCACCUGCCCGCUGUCCUGCCCCCUGGGGCUGAUCCUGGACCUGGCGCUGAGGCGAGACGUCAGCACCUGCGGGAUAAGGGAGCGGGCCAUGGAGAUGAUCCGCACCAGCGUCAACGACCCGUACAGUGAGUUUGUGAAGGAGGAGUUCAGCCGCGGGAUGCUGCGCAGUAAGACGGUGGAGGACAUCCUGACCCCGCUGAAGGACUGCUUCAUGCUGCCCAGCUCCGUCGUCCUGGACUUCUCCACCAUGUCCGACAUCAUGCAGAGCGGAUACACCCGGGUGCCCAUCUACGAGGAGGAGAGGUCCAACAUCGUGGAGAUCCUGUACGUGAAGGACUUGGCUCUGGUGGACCCGGACGACUGCACUCCCAUGACCACCAUCACCAAGUUCUACAACCACCCGCUGCACUACGUCUUCAACGACACCAAGCUGGACGCCAUGCUGGAGGAGUUCAAGAAAGGUGCCCUUCAAAAUAAAAAAUAUAUUAAGAAAAUAAAAGCCCCAGAAAUGAUUUGUAUCUUCACAGGGCAUUUUAGGAUGAGACUUGUUUUACCAAAUGGAAGCAUCUAAAUGUCAACUUGCAAC